ACUUUUCAUGCUACAGAUUCAUCGAGCGACGAUGAAGUCGACUGUAUCUGGCGCCUUUCUUCUUCUGUAUUUCUGCUGCGCCAAUCUACCGAGUGUUACCACGAACUUCGAUUCGUUUUGCGGUGGUCAUUUGGCGGGUCCUAAAGGCGUCAUACAUACGCCGAAUUUCCCCGGGCCGUUUUCGGUCCCGAUCAAGUGUCGCUGGGUGAUCGAUGUGUCCGACAUCCCAUCGACCAAUAGCUCCAUCGUCGUCUACCUGACGCAGCUCUACGUCUACAAGGGACUUCGUUUCACCGAGUACGCGUAUUACGAGUCCGAGACUAUGAACUUCGGGGAGACCUUGAUAAAGGAGGUGACAGAAGGUAACGUCUUCGAGUAUCGUCUUCUCAGAACCUUCAGGCCGUUUCUGGUGGUCGACUUCGAACUCGAUCGACUCGAGGGUAAUCACGUCAGAGUGUUGAACGAUCUGUUGGACGUGUAUGGAUUCAACGUGACAUACGAAAUGACCGAGGAACAUCCGAAUUCUGAAUCCUGCACUGUGCGUGACUGUUCCUUCGCGGGGAACUGUCUCGUCAUCGCGGAUUACACGUCUUUCUGGUGCGAAUGUUUCAACGGUUUCAGCGGAAAAAGCUGCAACGAAGGUUCGUUAUGUUUCAAUGAUGAACAUAAUCCAGUUUGUCGAAACGGAGCUACAUGCAGACAAAUUGGGGCAGAAGCAAUGCAUUGCGAUUGUUCGGUCGGUUAUGUCGGGCAUAAUUGUGAAACUCGACUUUUGGAUACUUUAGACACUGAAUGUGCUUCGGAAAAUUGCAUACUGCAAUGUCCACUCGACAAUCAGCAACCGUGUAUUUGUAAAGACGGCACGAAGAUAUACAACAAUCGAUCGAGAUACGAGUGCAGAAUCAAAUUAUCGAAUGUUACAUCUCUCCGCACGGGUCUAACAUCGCAGCAUGGAAGUUUGGAAUCAAUCGUCAGCAAACAACUUGCAAAAUAUUUGAGGAAUUCCAAUAUUACUUUCAUGGAGGAAUUAAAAAUUCUGAACGUGACACCCACGGCCGAAGUUACUUUUCAUUUCUUCGGAAAUUCCGACGAUGGGGAUAAAAUUCGCGAAUCUCUCAAUCGACUCGUACAACGUCGACGUCUCAGCGAAAUCUCACUAGAAUCCACGCACUUUACAUUUCAACAAAAGCCCGCACUUAAAUUACAGAGUCUGAAAAUUAAUAUGAACAUUAACAUGAACGAUUAUAAUCUCAUUCAUUUGGGAGAGGAAAUUGUCUUCUGGUGUGUAGCUCAAGGAAGUAUAAAAUUCACUUGGUACAAAGAUGGCAUGUUGGUAAACACAAGCAAAGCUACCAGAGAAAUAAAGAUUAGCGAUUUGCCGAAUGACGGAUCGGAUAUGUACGCAUCGAUGUUGAGAAUCGAGAAGGCGACUUUGCUUGAUUCUGGUCAAUACACAUGUCAAGUGAUGGAUUGGAGUGUACAGCAAUGCAAAAGUACUUACGUCGAAGUCAGAGACGAGCCGGAAGUAAAGGUGAUACCGAUGAGCGUCACUAUAGAAAAAGGUAGCAAUAUACAACUGACAUGUAUGACUCUCAACAUGCGUAACAUCGGCAUCGGAUUCGGUUGGACUAAGAAUCGCGCUUUGUUAAAAUUGGAGCCCGGUCAAGCAGUUUGGGAGGAUCUAUAUCCAGCGGGUAGCAUUUUAAAGAUCACUAAUAUUCAGAAAUCCGCAAUCUAUACCUGCAACGUAGCACACAAAUCCAUGUCCGUCCGAGUUGAAGUCAUGAAUCGAACAUUAAUACCGAUAUGCCUCAACGGGGAAUCCUGGGGUUUGCAAUGGCCGGUCACUGCACCGGGAUCGGAAGCCCUGUUAGAAUGUCCUCGAUAUUUUGUAGGCCGACGAGUAUCCAGGCUAUGCUCGAUGAAAGACGCUACCACACCUGAAUGGCAGAUACCGGAUUUUUCAUCUUGCUUAUAUGAGCUGUUACUUUUACCUUACAAUAACUUUCAAAGUCUGAUGUUGGGUUAUCAAAGUACCUCGAGCUCAGACACGAUCCUCGCUUUUUGGGAAAUCUUGCGAAAGCGUACAUUGACACUCUAUCCUGGUGAAGGUGAUCGCAUAAUGAUCAUGUUGGCGGAAAUUGAACGGUAUCAGCACAGUACCGAUCCAUCGGAUGCAUAUAUCUCCGCAGAAGCUUUAACUCAUAUAAUAAAUCAUAUAUUGAGUUACGAGAAUUCGAUUUUAAGUCAAGAGAAGCUAUCAGUGCUGCUUCAGCUUACGCAACGCAAUUUAAUUCAUUGGUCCGAACAAUUGAAAAGCAUAAGCAAACAUUUAUCCCUAUCAUCCAUGGUUGUGGAUAUUCAACAACUGCAAUCUCACAACGGGGAUAGUAUUACGCAUUCUCUUCAGAUACCUUCGACCGAUUAUGUAUAUCCUGAUUGGUAUGAAGACAAAAUAACUAUACGAUUAUGGACGAAAAAACAACGCAACAUAAAGUCUAACAACACAUUUACUGGAAUCAUUAUUAUGUACAAAAAUAUGUCACAUUUUAUACCAAGAGCGUACGUUAAAGAGCUUGACGAUGGCACAGAUUUGGAAUUUCGGAUAAACUCUCGAGUGAUCACCAUCGCAGUUCCCUCUUUUGGUGCCGAUAAACAUAACAAGAUCUGGGUUGACCUGCAAAUUCGACAUUUACAAAAUCAAACGGGUUCCUGGAACACAUCAUGUGGCCUGAUGGAUAACGCAGGAUCGUGGGAUCUCAAUACUUGCAUAGCAAAUACAAUAUCCGGCGAUGUAACAACGCAUUGCCUGUGCCCUACUACGGGUACCAUCGCUGUUUUCUUAACAACUCGUGCGGUAAAAGUAGUAUUGGCGAAAACGGAGCAGACCACGUUCAUUAUAAUAUUCGGAUGCAGCAGUUGUCUUGUUCAGUGCUUGCUAUCUGCUCUGAUACUAGGUACCUUUUGGUGGAAGCACAAGAGCUGGCUGAAUUUUUUAAAACUUCAAUGCUGUAGUGCGUUAAUGGGCGCGAUGGCAAUCUUCAUUUAUGCUAUCUAUACUAAUCUCCCAGAAUCAUUUUAUUCACUCGUAGCGAUCGGAUUAGAAGCAUUUCUCCUCGUAGGCAUGUCCGCACCAAUUUCCGAAGCUCUAAUAGUAUAUGCUGAACUCACACAGAUUCGACCGAGUCAACAUCUUCAACCAACAGUAAUCGCCGUGAUAACCGGUGUCCCAAUCUUGGCUGUAUUCGCGACCGAAUUAACAAAUAAAAGUACUGGAUGGCGACACGAAUCCUGGUGGCUCAUAUAUGGCAGUGGCGUCUAUAACAUAUUUGUUAGCUGCGCUACGAUGAUGUUUUUAAUAUUCAUGUUACUAUAUAUGGGGGUGCUCCACAAAGUUCACACAUUAGUGGAAGAGAACGUGAUGAAAAGAGAAGCUAUAGAAACGAGAAUACGAAUAUUACAUCGUGCGGCCAUCGUUAUAUGCGGUAUCAUCGCCAUGGAAGCAUCCUCUAUUUUUUACAUAAAUUCGUCGUCCGUAAUUUUCCACUAUGUAUUCGCAUCCUUAUCCUUUGCUCUGGGUUUUAAAAUAAUAAUUGUAUACAUCAUUAACGGUGAGAUCGCUAUCAUUGGGCCAAUGUUGCGAAGAAUUAGAUGGAAACGCAAUGUGGACGAGGAACAGACGUCAGAGCCCAUCAAAGUGUGUUCAAAAGCUGAUGCAGAAGUGGAGAAUGAUUCAGCGAUUCCUCCAGCAUCCUCUUCAAUCAUUGGCGAGUUAUCGUACCGAGAGGUGCGAGGAGUCGCCGCGGGUAGCAUAGAUAUGCGCGAGUUUAUGAGUUCGGAAUCAUCAUCCGGAUACACCAAAUCCGUCCCCGUUCCCGUGACCGGCAGAUUCCUGCCAGAAAUCCGAGUGGACCAUUCGGACGACAUCGAUCUGGAGAAUUACAGUACAAGUCCGCGCAAAUACCAGGAACCGCCGACUGUGUUUGUCGAUCCAAACUUUUCUGCACGUGGUUCUCGUGUCAACGACGUGGUGACCUACGGUGGCGUCAACGAUUGUUGCAGCUUUCGUAAUGAAUAUCGUGGCGAUGGUAAGAGCUUUCUGCCGGUGGCGAACGUGUCCCCUGAAUGCCCUUCGGCUAAGGUUCUCUGUAGUGCCGAUGUGGAAUCACGAUUGGGUGCCAUGCCGGAUGUCACGUUGGCUGUGAAGAGCGAUGUCGAACUAUCAUCACGGACAAACACGGAGCUGAAGAAUCGAGAACACGUGGUGAGCGCCAUCCCGGAUAUUGCCAAUACGAGUGAACGUAAACAGCCUGACGGUGAAGAGAAAACUCCAGAGAUCGUAGUGACCGGUAACUGCGACAGCACGACCAGCGGUAUGCUGGAUCGUAUCUCUCACGAUCUCGACUAUUUACUUAAUCGCACGCACGCGAAAGAAGGAGCUUGAAGAUUAAUUGAGAUUGCAAGAAAAGAAACAGUGAGAAACAUAUAAGUAAACAAUUGUAGAUUAUUAAAUUUGUACAAAACUGGUUUUUCGUCUCACAAAUAUUUCCAUAUAUAAGGUAAUCAUAAUUUGUCUCACGAGUGUAAAGUGUAGUUUAUUUAUGGGGUAAAAUAUUAAAAAACUGAUAUUAUGUUUAUCGCUAUAUAAGACUAGUAGUGAUUCGUAUAAUACGUUGUAACGUAUAUACGAUCGUACUUGAAAGGUGUAAAUUAAGCUUUAAAAUAUUUUGUCUGUUUUUAUUUCUUAGUCUCGCGUACACCUGCAUACGUCAGACUAAUCGUAAUGUGAUCGCUGAUUAUAAAUUGGCAUAGUCAUAAGAAAAAAAUACGAAAAGUAAUUAUCAUCACAUUCCAUCCAUCAGAAUCAAGUAUAAUCUUAAACUUUUCGUGCUCCAUUUAUAUUUACGUCCAUUGUAUGUGAGGAUGUUGUGUGAGAUUUAUCGUAUCCCCUCUAAUAAACAAAUAUAAAAAUCAAAAGUACAGUGUACUGCAUAAGCUUUCGCGCGAUUCUCACCCAUCGAACGCAAAUUUUCAAAAAAGAUGAGGUAAUCCAAAUAAUAGUACUUUCGAGUUAAAGUAUUUAUUUAUCACUGUCAUCGUACAGCCCUUUCAUAAUAUCCACGAGUCAGUCGUCGCGCUUUUUUUUUUCGUCGUUUAUAAUUUGUAUUAUAAAGCUAUACACAUUCAAUUUAGUUUGAUAAUCUACUUACAUACUUAAGAUCGAAGUUUAUGUUGUUGUAGGUAGGUAGCAGAUACCUCUAGUUAGGGUUAGUCGUUUACUUAAUGAAAAAUGCUUCACUGAAAAUUGAUUCGACCGAGGUAAGAAA